CCGCCUCGGAGUGUGCCGCCGCCGCCGCCGUGCUGAGUGCCCCUGAUACAUUGAAGAAGAGUUAAUUGUGUGAACGAUCAUAUUCAGGGGAGGGCUACGGAAGACUGGAGACAGAAAGUUCCCAGGAGUGGCAUAAGCAGAAGGCCAGACCAAGCCAGGAGCAAGCCGGGCCCAGGGGUGUUCCGUGCCCCCCCCCCCACACACCUUCAUGUCCACGAUGAUGCAGGCAGCCGCAAGACAAACUCGACAUGUGGCAGCUGCGAGCAGUGUGGGAAUCCGCUGCAAGUCUUCACUCAGCAUGAAGAAGAAAAUUUUGUGGCAUACAGGAGACAGAACUGUUCCCAGCGACCAGCCAGCUGCCUGGUCCACGGGGGAGGUGAAGCACCCGGGUAAACUGGACUGCCCUUUAGGAAACAUAGACAAAUACCCCAAAAAGAUGCCUGAUGGAGGACUGCAGUACUUUGGGUUCCAGUAUUAUCCAAGGAACCCCGAGGAGAAGGACCCACCCUAUGAGCCCACCCCUUUGCACCUGGUGACCCGUGUUCGGUGCCUCAAGAAGAAGCCGUGGUGGGAUAAACAAAUCAUGGAGUCCCUUGGCCUCAAUGGAAAGCGAAGUGAUAUUGCCAUAGUGAAGAACAACCCUGAGAACAACGCCAAGCUGUGGAGAGUGAAGCACUUGGUGAAGGUGACACCCAUCAGACUGCCCACGGACAAGUUGGAUAAUGUUGAUCCUCGCUGCUGCUUCCUGAAGGAGGAUGGUGAGUUCAUCAUCAACCCUGCAGUGCAGGUGGAGGAUGAACGCCUUGAGGCAGAUCCCAAGCUUGAAGCGCUCAACUGGGACAAGGACUUCAUUGAUCGACACACUCGCAAAAACUGGGAGUAUCCUUGGCAGUUGAAGCUUUGCUAGUUCCUCCCAAGAUCAUUUGACAGGAGAGGCAUUGACUCGUAUAGAGGAAUUAAAGAUUUAUUUUAUUUUUUAUUUAUUUAUUUUUUUUCAAUUUUUGCUGCUCAGGAUCCAGGGUUUAUAUGUAAUAUAUUAAAAAUCACAUUCACAAAAAAAAAAUUGACAGGGGCAGGCCUUCACAUUCUCUGAUAAGGUAAAAUAAGUUUCUUGUUUUUUCUUUUAUUCUGUUUUUAUUAACAGGUUGCGAAUGUUGGAAUCAUAAAAAUAAUUUAAAUACACUGUAAAUAUGG